UUUUUUUCUUCCUCCCUACAUCUUUCACUUCUCCACGACGAGCAGGGACUCGCUUUGGCAUCCGGAUUGUUCGACUAUUUCCCCGUCAUAUAUCUCAGUCAUAUAUAUAUCUUUCAGCGUUCGGGGCGAUUCGAGAGAGACACGACCGACAUUUACGAAGGUCGAUACAGAAUAAAGGAGGCAAAAUGAAGUUCUCUGCAGCAACGGCAGUGGUAUUGGGCAUGGUGCCCUUGGCGCUGGGCAAGGCGAUUCACAACGCGUAUCCCGUCCGGCGGAACGGCCACAACGUCCAGGUCGUGGACGCUGCUAGCAAGGAUAGCGUCCCGGCCUCUGAGGCACAGCUCGAGGAGCUCGCCCAGCUCAUCGGCCUCCACCGUGGUUCCGGCCAAGCCAUCAACUUCCUUUGGGUCAACCUCGGCGGCGGUGCCGCAACGACCGUCAUCGGCUCAGCCUCGACAGUCACCGUCACAAAAACCGUGGCCGCUGACGCCACCGCUACUGCUCCUCCUGCCGUUAUCACCGACGUGGCCGGCUCGACCACCGUUGCCGCCCCUCCCUCAACCACCGUCGUCGCCGGUGGUGCCACUCACACCGUGACGGUCGGCGGCCCUGCGGGCCUCGUCUUCACCCCUCAGGAGCUGAACGCCGCGGUCGGCGACACCGUCAUCUUCACCUUCCUCAGCCAGAACCACACGGCCACCCAGUCCUCUUUCGACAAGCCAUGCGAGGCUCUCGCGGGAGGCAUGGACUCCGGGUUUCAGGCAAACGCCAACAACACCGUCAACCCUCCGCCGCAGGUCGCGAUGCAGGUCAUGGUUGACACUCCUCUCUGGUUCUACUGCCGUCAGAAAGGCCACUGCGGCAAGGGCAUGGUCUUCAGCAUCAACCCGACGGCCGAGAAGACGCACGCCCAGUUCCAGGCCAACGCGAUCCAGCAGGCCGGCAACGGCGCCGGCGGCGCCAUCACCGGCAACCCGCCCCCGGCCGACCCCAACGCCGGCACCGGCGGCGCCGCCGAGUCCUCGGCCUCCGCCUCCGUCACCGCCCCGCCCGCCCCGACGGCCACCGACGCCGCCGGCUCCAUCCAGACCGGCACGGGCACCGUCGCGCCCGACGGGUCCUGCGUCUGCGCUGUGCAGUGCAGCUUCGGCGGCUUCCCGAACCAGGCGGUGCAGGGAAGGGAUAGCUUUGGCGGCUUUGGAGGCGCCCUCCCCAUGGCCAUGGUCCCUGCCGCUGCUCGUAGGGUAUAAAAAGGCUGGCUUCUAAGCAUCAAAGUUAUGAAGCAAUGACUUUUCUUUUGACCGCUGGCGGCGGUUGGUUUUCUGGCGGGGUCCCUAAAACUGCGGCUGCUGCUAUUGCUGGUGGCGGUGGCGAUAGUGGUGGGAAGCGGAAAUACCAUUCAUCUGUAGACUUUGUCUCCUUUUUCUUGGCUGUCAAUUUCCCCUGUAUUGUCUCUCUUAUGCUGCCGCUCGACCUGGGAGU